UGUUGUAGACGAAAGAGGUGCGGUUACUGAAUCGAAGAGGUUUUUGGGAUUGCGUAGAUACUUAAGAUAACACGCGGCUCCAUUCAUUUUUGGAUUUGGAAAACCUUUACAGACGGGCAAGGUUCAGCAAGCCGCCGAUCGAUAUGGGAACUAUGUCUCUAAGUGAUUUCAAGGAGGUUAGAAUACCGGCACCUUGGGGUCACAUCUCCGGCCGUUGGUAUGGCAAUCGAACGGAGCGACCGAUUCUGGCGAUUCACGGAUGGCUGGACAAUCUGGGAACCUUCGAUCGAUUGAUUCCCCUGCUUCCCGACUACGUGGGAGUGCUCGCCAUCGAUCUGCCCGGACAUGGAAGAUCCGCUCACAUUCAGCGGGGAAUGCACUACGCCGUCAACGAUUACGUGUUGAUCAUCCCUCGAGUGAUGGAGGAGUACGGCUGGUCAAAGGUCUCACUGAUGGGUCACUCGAUGGGUGGCAUCAUAAGCUACAUUUACACAGCAUUGGCACCACACACAGUGGACAUGGUCAUCUCCCUGGACAUAUUGCUGACUUGGUCAACGACCAUCAAAACGGAUCUGAAAACUUUUGCCGACAACUUGGAAAAGCACCUCGUGGAAGAGGAACGUCAGGAGGAGGGUAACUUGCAUGAGCCUCCCUCCUACACCCUCGCACAGCUGUCCAAGGUCCUGGCCAAAGGAAGUUUCAACUCGGUGACCCCAGAGUUUGCCAAACACCUGCUACACCGGCAGGUGGCGAAGUCGAAGCUAUAUCCAGAUAGAUUCUACUUCUCCAGAGAUGGACGAGUUAAAUACUAUACCAAGAUGAUAAUGGAACCUGGAUUUUCUGAGGCGUUGGCCAAGCGAAUCCACAGAAAGCCCUACCUGAUCAUUAAAGGGUCAAAGUCGCACUAUUUGGGAGCUAAUACCGAGAAGGCAAUUGCCAUCUUGCGCCGCAACAAUCCGCACUUUGAGUUCUACGAGGUGGAGGGUACCCAUCACGUUCAUCUUCAUGCCGCCGAGGAGUGUGCUCGUUACAUAGUGCCCUUCAUCCGACACCACCGACCUCCGGCUCUCACUUCCUGGUCCUUGAGUGGCAAGGAGCAGCAACUAAGUGCCGAGGAGAAGCGGCGACAGCAAGAAAGAUUCUUUAAAAGGGGCAAGAACGCGAAGAGCAAGCUGUGAUGUAAUUUAUAUAAAUCCCUAUGGUAUAAAAUGUAAUAUUCUAUACUAAUAAGAUAACUUCAUAGGAAUAGCUAGAACAGAAAGAUAUAUCAUACAAACAUAUAUAACUCGACAAUUUCUUUAUUGCUUUGUAAUUCAACUCAGGGAAAUAGCUACUAUUAUUUUCAUUAUACCAAUAAAAC